UAAAGUGGCAUCAUAGUGUUUUAAAAUGUAUGGUUUGAUUGUGGCUGAUGUUUUCAUUUCCAAAAUGGCAGCACUCCCCUCCCCAAUUUCAUUGCUAACAGCUUCAUACUAGGGGAGCCAAGCAUGCUUCAACCACCCAUUAGUGGACCAUUUGCUUGUUUGUGUGCUGCGGGUGGCAUAGGACCCUCUGGUAGUAGUAACUGGUGCUUUAUAUAGCACUCCUCCUAAUCUAAAUUCAUAACAGCAAGCAUGACAGAUUCUGUGUGGAUACACUUUGCUCGGGGUUCAUGCGAUGCAAUGUCACAUUCUGUCGUUGUGUAGCUGGCUUUGGAGCAGGCGGGGGGAAACAUAGAAUCUUAGAAUGGUAGAAUGAGUGUCAUCUAGUCCACCCCCUUGCAAUGCAGGAAUCUUUUCCCCCACCAUGGAACUUGAACCCAUGACCCUGAGAUUAAGAGUCUCACGCUCUACCAACUGAGCUAUCCCAGCUGAAUCAAAACGAGGGACUGAGCCAAAAUUUGUUCCCACAGUUCCCCAUAGGUUUGGAAGCAUGAUCACACCUGGGGAACGGAUGGAUAAUUAUUAUUCCAGUUAUCGCCAUGGUGGUGGGGUUGAUGUAGUCCAAAACAUCUGGAGGGCACCGGGAUGGAGAAGCCUAAGGGCCUGCCCAUUGAGCCCCCUCUGAAGGCUUCAAGAGAAACCUGUUUUGAGAAUAGAUCUUCAGUGUAAAAACCGCAAAAUCUGUUAGCCAAAACUCUGGAAAUCCAAGAACCUGACAUACAUUCAGGAAUGAUUAGGGGAGAAAUAUCAGACAGAGUAGAAAUGGAAAGUUUGACAUCAUAUCUGUGCUUUUAAAGCUGGGCACAGACUAUCUUUUCAGUACCGGUAAAUGGAUGGUAUUCAACAGUAAAUCGGCCAGCAAAGAACUGUAACUCAAAGCUCCAGUUUUUAUUUUGGGGUCAGAUAGGUAUAUAAGGCAAGUGACAGGUUUGCAGGAAUCCGCGGGUGCACGAGGAAGUUGUAGUUAAAUGUGAGCUAAGGUGUUGAAUCCACAAGUGACACCCUGCCCCCCCCCCGCAGGGUGGACAUAACAUUUACAGUAAUAUGGCAAACUGAUGGAGUCCCUGCACUGGCCAGUCAAAUGGGUGGUCCUUCUAGUGGGCUGGCAGGGUGAGAACUGAGUGCCCCAGCACUGGGGUUUUCCUGGUGUAGGGGACAGUUGGGGUAAGGCCAGACUCAGCAUCACAUGUGCUCUUGGCACUGCUGAAAUGGGCAUAUCUGAGGGUGCGUCGGAGGGAGAUCCUGACUGCUUGUCUGCUCUCUCACUCGAGACACCACUGGGAUCUUCCCCCGAAACAGGCAUCUCUUGAGGUUCGGUGACCCCUAACCUUCUAGUGCCCUCCCACUAGAUCCUCCUGAUUCAGUUCCCCCAGUGUUGGCCCUAAUUAAAAGGUAAAUGGACCCCUGACCAUUAGGUCCAGUCGUGACUGACUCUGGGGUUGCGGCGCUCAUCUCGCAUUAUUGGCCAAGGGAGCCAGCGUACAGCUUCCAGGUCAUGUGGCCAGCAUGACAAAGCCGCUUCUGGCAAACCAGAGCAGCGCAUGGAAACGCCAUUUAGCUUCCUGCUAUAGCGGUACCUAUUUAUCUUCAGUACUUGCAUUUUGACGUGCUUUCGAACUGCUAGGUUGGCAGGAGCUGGGACCGAACAACGGGAGCUCACCCCGUCGCGGGGAUUCAAACCGCUGACCUUCUUAUCGGCAAGCUCUAGGUUCUGUGGUUUAACCAUACCUGCCAAGUCUCCUGUUUUCGCGGGAAACCCCCGUUUUUAAAGCUGUGAAAUAUCCCGUAUUUCCCCCAGAUUUUCAAAAAUCGGGCAGAGCGACACUGGAAGUCGCUUCUAAGCCUGUCCAGACAUGCGUAGAAGCGACUUCCGGUGCCGCUCUGCCAAUGUCUGGGCACCGGAAAUCGGGCAGCACCGUCACCAGAAGUCACUUCUACGCAUGUCUGGACAUGCGUAGAAGCGACUUCCGGUGCCGCGCCACUGCUGAUCCCGGAUUUUUCAGUCUGGGAGUUGACAGGUGUGGGUUUAACCCACAGCGCCACCCACAUCCCUGGUCAGUAAUUACUCACCUUCAGAAAAGCUAAACCUCCAGUGUCUCUCUCUGUAUGAGUCACUGUUCUGGGGACUUUUCCUGAUUGGAAGCAGGGAAGGCCUAGAGCCCUGAAUUGUGGAGAGAUGCAACGGGCAGCCUAACUUAACAGCAGCAGUUGAUAAUUCUACUGCCAUCGGGACAAUGGAAUCAGUCUGUUACAUCCUACCUGAAGCCACAACAUACCAGAGCUAUUCAGUGCCACAAGGCUGCUAAACCUGACAAGGCCAAAGAAUAAGCUCAUAGAAUAAGCUCAAAGAAUAAGCUUCCGGUUGUCUGACAGUGCCUUCAGUGUGCUCCUUCAAGCAGUUUUGAGAAUUAACGUUGUUGAAUCAAUAAUGAUAAAUGCUUGAUGGUAGGCAGGGUGGUUUUUCCGCUGCACCAUUCAUUUCCUCUUUGACAGCUUACUGAUACUUGUUGGUGACAUUACAGGUUUCGUAGUGAAUAAGACAUUCUUCACAUGCAUGGUCUUAAACACUGAAACGUGUUUAAAUUCAGCUUGGUGUGGCCAUUCUGCACUGCAUCUGCCUUGCAGCAACUGCCGUUGGCUUUUUGGCAUGUCUUGACCUUGAUGCUAGCAGUGGAAGCGGAGGUACCUGCUAAGUGCCCGGUUCUUGGCAGCUAUCAUCCGUUGAAACUGCAUCUUUGCCUGCUUGCUUCUCUUCUCUGAACGGAUCAGCGAGGCAAGAUCCUCCCUGAAGUCACACGUUGAAUCGGGUUCAGAUCCUGCACCUGUUUUGCCUUUGUUUCUGCAACACCUUUUAAGAGUUCUGGUCAAAUGUCGUUCUGUUUCCUGAGCUGUCGUUGGCUAUUACCUACAUGGAUCUUUAAAAAGGAUCAAUUUGACAACCUUGAAAAACACACUCAGUGGGGGAUCGACGUUCUGGAAAAGUACAUCAAAUUUGUGAAAGAGAGGACGGAGAUUGAGAUCAACUAUGCAAAGCAACUUAGGAAUCUUUCAAAGAAAUACCAACCCAAAAAGAACUCCAAAGAAGAAGAUGAGUACAAGUAUUCAUCCUGCCAGGCCUUCUUAGCCACUUUGAAUGAGAUGAACGACUACGCAGGACAGCAUGAGGUUGUUUCGGAGAACAUGACCUCCCAGAUCACUGCCGAACUGGCCCGCUACGUCCAGGAGUUGAAACAGGAGAGGAAAAUGCACUUUCAUGACGGCAGAAAAGCUCAGCAGCACAUCGAAACUUGCUGGAAGCAGCUUGAAUCGAGUAAAAGAAGAUUUGAAAGGGACUGCAAAGAAGCGGACAGGGCACAGCAGUAUUUCGAAAAGAUGGACGCCGAUAUCAAUGUAACGAAAGCAGACGUUGAGAAGGCACGGCAGCAAGCUCAGCUCCGCCAUCAGAUGGCUGAAGAGAGCAAAGCAGAAUACUCCUCCACAUUACAGAGAUUCAACCACGAGCAGCAUGACCAUUAUCAUACCCACAUCCCUAACAUCUUCCAGAAAAUUCAAGAAAUGGAGGAGCGGAGGAUAAUCAGGAUAGGCGAAUCCAUGAAGACCUUUGCGGAGGUGGACCGGCAGGUGAUCCCUAUCAUUGGAAAAUGCCUGGAUGAGAUAACAAAAGCAGCUGAAUCCAUUGAUCAGAAGCAUGAUUCCCAGUUGGUGGUAGAAGCCUUCAAAUCUGGGUUCGAGCCUCCAGGCGAUGUCGAUUUCGAGGACUUCACCCAGCCAAUCAAGCGGACCGUCUCUGACUCCAGCCUUUCAAACUCCAAAGAUGGGAAGCCAGAGUCCAGAUUCAGCGGCAAGUCCAAGGGCAAGUUGUGGCCGUUCAUCAAGAAAAACAAGUUUAUGUCCCUUUUAACAUCCCCCCAUCAGCCCCCUCCUCCGCCCCCUUCUUCUUCUGCCUCACCUUCCGCUGUUCCUAAUGGCCCCCAGUCUCCCAAGCAGCAAAAGGAGCCCCUCUCCCACCGCUUCAACGAGUUCAUGACCUCCAAACCCAAAAUCCACUGCUUCCGGAGCCUAAAACGCGGGCUUUCUCUCAAGCUGAUAACUCUGAAUAUGCAGGUCUGGAACCUAAUGGAGGGUGGCGGACCAGAGGACUUCAGCAAUCUGCCCCCUGAGCAAAGAAGGAAGAAGCUGCAGCAAAAGGUGGAUGAGCUGAACAGGGACAUCCAAAAGGAAAUGGAUCAAAGAGAUGCCUUAACGAAAAUGAAAGACGUCUACAUCAAGAACCCGCAGAUGGGAGACGCAGCCAGUGUGGAUCUUAAGCUGGCCGAGCUGGCCCAGAACCUGGAGAAGCUGCGUCUGGAAGCCCAGAAAUUCGAGGGCUGGCUAGCUGAGGUAGAAGGCCGGUUGCCUGCACGUACUGAGCCAGCACGCCGCCAGAGCGGGAUGUAUGAGCCUCAGAACACCUUGACUGUCAACAACUGCGCCCAGGAUCGCGAGAGCAGUCCAGAUGGCAGUUACACAGAGGAGCCGAGCCAGGAAAGUGAGGUGAAAGUGCCGGCAGCAGAGUUUGACGAUGAGUUUGACGAUGAGGAACCGCUUCCCACGAUUGGGACGUGCAAAGCUCUUUAUACCUUUGAAGGUCAGAACGAAGGGACGAUCUCAGUCUCUGAAGGAGAAACGCUGUUCAUCAUUGAGGAGGACAAAGGCGAUGGCUGGACGCGGAUCCGGAGGAACGAGGAUGAGGAAGGUUACGUCCCAACCUCCUACGUCGAAGUCUAUUUGGAAAAGAAUGCCAAAGAUUCCUAAAUGUGUUGGCUGCUGGUAACAAGAGCAUCGGGGCGAGCAGGGGCACAGGAGAAACAAAUGGUCUGAUUUUUUUUAAGCACCCUGUUUGCACCAGGGUGUUUUGUGGGUUCCCCUCCUUUUUUUUAACAACAGCAACAACCCUCCCUCAUGUUAGGCUCCCCUCCCUUGAAACGGAGCUAUCAUUUGCAGAGGGAGGAAUAAAAAUCUUGCCCCAAUAGUGGGUGCAUUCCAUGACUCUCAACAUCAUCACCCCGUUGCUUGCUAAAACUCUCCAGCAUGCCACCUGCUGCAUCAAACUAACCCAUCCCUCCUCUUCCUGUUACACCAUGUGGAGUUUCCACCAGAGUCUCAUUUAAAUGGAGAACGUAACCAAAAAGCUUCCAUCAUGUCCGUGUUGCCCUCUGAUAGAGGCAACAGAAAUUUGCUUUGGCUAGCUGACCGCCAUCAUGUACCACCUUUGCUCAUCCACCCCAACUCCAUUGCUGAUAGUUUCUAAAAGGAGGUUUGCAAUGCAAGCUGCCUUUGUUCCCAUUUUGUAGAUGAGAAACCGAGGCUGAGAAAACACCGAGGUUCUGCUUUCCUUGCAGUGGCACGCAGGCAAACCCACUUAAGCACAUGACUUCUAAACCAGGUGUGGGACAACCUUUGGAUUUUGUUGAACUACGAUUCCCAUCAUCCCUAGCUACUGACAGUGCUUGCUGGGGGCCUGAUAGGCAUUGUGCCAUCAUUCAGCAACAUCUGGAGGGCCAAAGAUUUCCAGCACGCCUGCUCUAGACAGCGGUGAUCAGAGCUAAAUAGUGAAUCAAAACCAGUUUACAAGUCUUGCAUUCAGUUCUGGUUAGGGAGCUUGGUACAUAGAUUGCUGAUUUUAAUCAGGCCUAAACACUGGAGUAGUUCAAUUGAAACCCAGCAGUAACAUUAAGGGUUGUAUCCAAUGUCUGCUCUGCUCGGAGUAGAUACAUUGAAAUUAAUGAGCACGGCUAACUUGGAUCUAUUCAUUUCAGCGUGGAGGAUCUAACAAAAUGGCCCUGGAUACUAGAUGGGGUCCCCUUGCGCCUGACCCAGCAAGCGCUUCUUAUGCUAUUACUGCUUCAUAACCUGACCUCAGCUAGGAACUCAGGAGGCAGCCGUUUAGGCUAGCUGCCUUCUCUGACUCAGCCUGCCUUCUGCAGAAUGGGAACAAUAAGUGCUUCCUUAGGGCAAGUUUGGAAGGUCUACAAAGUGCCUAUGAGAAAAGGACUGCAGAGGUACCACACAAUAGUAUUUUCAUAUUUUUUUAAAUAGAACUUAUUUGAAUAAUAUUUAGUGCCACUCACUUAUUUCUCUAAUUUUAGGAUUGGAUUGGCAAUACAUUGCAAUUGGACUCCAGCUCCCAUCAGUCCCUGCAGCCACCAUGGCCGAUAGGAAUGAUGGGAGGUGGAGUCCAAUAGCGUCUGGAAGGUCACAAGUCUCCCCUUCCGUGAUCUAAGCAUCAGCAUUCCCUAGUGCAUGUGGGGGAUGGAAGGAUGUCUCUGUUGAAAGAGAGAGGGGGGAGGAUGCCUGUUCUUAGAUCAGGAGCAAGGAAAUUGUGGUCCUCCACAUAUCUGUUGGACUCCAAUUCCCAUCAGCCCCAGCCAAGCAUGGUGGGAGUUGGAGUCCAGUGACAUCCAGAGGGUCACUAGCUAGCCAUACUUGCUGUGGAUCAGGGGUUGGCAAGGUUUACCGGCCAUGGGCUGGAUCACUCCCAUAGAGAUCGUCCAUGGGCCAGACUGUUGCAGCACAAUGCAGGAAAUCACAUCUGCACAUGCCCAGACACUGGAACACGCCUGCGCAGAAGCGAUUUUCAGCAUCUGGACAUGCACAGACGCGAUUUCCGGCGCCACUCAGCGAGUCCUCACACCGCACCCCACUGCGCUGGUUUAGCACAGCUCGCAGGGAACUCACCAAGCGGGCAGCUCGGUUUGGAGGCGGCUCGUGGUAAAACAGUAAAACGGUCUUCGUGGGCCGCGUCCGGCCCAUGGGCCGCACAUUGCCGACCCCUGUUGUAGAUGUUUAUGUGGAAGCAAGUCCCAUUGUGUUUAGUGAGGCUUUUCUUCUAGCUGAUAUGUCCAGGGUUGUGACCCUGGUCCUGCAACCAACUCCAGGCUGCUGCAAAUAAGUGCCAAAUCCUGCAUGUUAACACUGCAGCGCACUGACGAAACACAGCAGCAAGCACAGCAUUGUUCUGACAACUAUUUUCCCCAUUAUGCUGUGCUCACUUGUCCUAUCCAGGUGUUGUGUUUCAUGAAGCGUACAUGAAAAUACACCUAGGAAAGAACGUAAUGUGUGAAGGGAAACCCCCACCCACCAAGAAACAAAUAAGCAAUAGAUGGGUUGAGUUGAUAUGUGCCAAUUGUUCAGAUAUCUUUUGGGGGGGGGCGGUGGAGAGACUUAACACUUCCUGGCAUCUUCACAGAGUUCAAGAGAAGUCAGCCCUUGUUCUGAAGGCCUCCCUGAGGUCUAGCCUCUUUCCUUAGUUUUUGCCCUUAGGGACUACAUUCCACACACCCCAAGUGCAUCCACAGUGAGUAGCCCAUUUCCUUUCAUCCCAAGUUUAAAUUCUGUCCACAUUGUGGUUUUCCCCACUGUCAAGGAUUUGCUGGAGAGCCCUGAUAGGUGCUUGUUGGGAGGGGCCGGAGUGUGCUCUUGCUCAGCUGACGCUGGAAACCUCGCCAUGCCCCCUUUGCAAAACACCCACCUACCUGUGCACCCAAAACCAACGCCCACCCCGUGCACGCUUCCAGCCAGUUUUCUGCAGACCUCCGUUUCCACUGCCUCUGGGCCCGCAUGCUCGCCCCCUGCUGCCUUGCCUGCACCUGCCUGCCUUUUUUUAAGGUGCCCAGAUUUAAACUCUCUGCUGCUGUUCUUAAUUUAUUUGGUCCUUAGCAUCUCAAGACCUUCCUUUCUUCCCUUCUGCAUGCUGUCUCUGCCUGCUCUUGCCUUUAUUCUGCUUUUAUUCCCAUACCAUGUCGAAACAAAAUUGCACUCUUGAAUUAUCCUUCCCUGCCACCCCAACCCGUACGGGAACGUCAUAGCCCAGCACUUUGGCAAUGUAGAUGUUCUGUCUUCAAUUCCCUUUUUGGCAAUGUGACCGGGUUGAUUAACUUAGCAGUAGUCUCAUCUGUGUUCACGCUGGACAGCACACCUUCAUCAUGGGCGGCUGACUGGAAGUGGCUUCCCUGCUGCGUGAAAGAUAAAAUACUUUGGGUUUUGAGCUCAUGCCUUCCUCUCCCAAAAACCUGCAUUUUGACAGCGGGCGACAGAUCACAGAUCGCACUGAAAGAGCCUGUCCCAGUUCUCAUUUAAAAGACCCACAUGCACACACUUGUUACAGAGUGUCUGCCAUACAUAUGAAUGGAUCGUUGCAGUUAAUAUCGUCAGCGCUGGAACUUCCGCAAUAUGGUGCUCAUCGAUAGAGGCAGUUCGAGACACAAACGAAGUGUGGUCCGUUCCAGGUAGCUCAAAGAGGAGGUUUCAGACUGGGAUUAGGGGACAGAUUCAAAAGCAACCUAUUGUUGGUUGUAUUACAGCUGGUCACCUGCCAAAUGGGAAAGGGUCUUCGGCUCAGUAGCAGGGCAUCUGCUUUGUAUGCAGGAUGGUCCUAGCUCAAUCCCCAGAAUCUCCAGGUAAGGCUGGGAAAGAUUUCGGUUUGACACCCUGGAGAUCCACUGGCAGUCAAUGUAAGAAAGAGCAGGGCUAGAGAACCUGGGUCUCCAGCUACCACCAGUCCCAGCAUGGACAAUGAGCAAGGACAAUGAGAAGACCAACAUCUGAAGGGCCAAAGGUUCCCCACCCCCUGGCAAACUGUCGUAUGCGUUCACCCAGCACUGGGUCACCAGCGGAAAGGAUGAAGCAAGUCUGAAGGGGAUAAAGCUCUUAUCUACUCCUUUCAUGGCAGUGGAAGGGCUGGUGUGUUGGAAAGAUCCAUUUGUGGUCCAUGUGUGUGCAUAGCUGGCCAUUUGAACAUUGUCAUAGCAUGGGGGCAAAAGCCACAGGAAAGUGUGUCAUGUUUCUGGAGUAAUGUAUAGGAUGGGCCACACUAAGUGACACCCAGAACCUUUCUUACUUCCAAUAUUGUCAGCUGCCCACUACUGUGGGAUAGUCGGUGCUUUCCUCACAGUGAGUUAGACCUGUCUUCAGAGGGGAGCAGGAGGCAAAGAGAGUCCAGAAAGGUUUUUUUUAAAGGAGGGGGCGACCCUGUUCACUAGGCUGAAUUUCUGGGUGAGGAAUGCCCUCGAGCACCACCGUUCCUAUUCAGGAGGGACACAAAAUACAGUUCUCAGCUGCCGUAGCAUCUGCUUCAAUUAUAUAUUUAUCCAGAGGCCAGCAGCCUGAAAAGCAGCCAAGCUGUGCCAUUCACUCAUGAAAUAAAAAAAAAUUGUAGAGUUGGAAGACACCCAAAGGGUCAUCUAGUCUGACUCCCUGCAUUGCAGGAAUCACAACUAAAGAAUCCUUAAUGCUCCUCCUUCCCGAGAUCUGCAGGAAGACAAAGUAGAUAUGAAACUUACAGCACCUACAGCUAUUUCUGUUGGCAAAGUUUAUAACAUCCCUGUAUCGUCCCAACAUGUAAAUAAGAUGAAGGGAUCUUCUUCCCAAUUUAUGGUGCCACUAAUGUAAGAGAAAGUCUGCUUUUCAAUAAACAGACAUUAGAUAUAGAUAGAUAUAUGUUAGGUGGACAGUAUAUUAUUGUCACCCUGUACCAACAAUGCCCAAAUGAUUGCUGUGUUCAUGUGGCUACAUCACAAGCUAGGGGGGAGAAUCAUUUCUGCCUUUAUAAUUAGGCUGUGAAAAUAGGGUUUCCUUGAGUUUCUACAAAGUUGGCAGCUUCUUGGCAAAUCUUUGGUACUCUUAAGAACCAAACAGGUAGAGAAAGAAAACAUCGCGCCACCUUUGACUAAAGGGUUCUCUCUCUGUUCUACUAGAUGGACAUUUCAGGAAAGAAUUUAACAGAGGCACUUUUCUCCUCUUUGCCUAGGCACAGAAUUGGAAGUCAAGAGAGCACCCAUGUGGGUUAAGAUUUUUCAGACAGCAGCACUAGUUUGUAAGCACCGUGACCCUGUUCCAUGAAGUGUCACUUCCCCCCCCCCCAAUCCAACUGGGAAAUUUGAGGUGGUUUGAUACAGCACCAACCAUUUUAAAGUAAGGGAACAUCACCUAGGGGGAGGUCACCUAUUGGCUAGCACCUGUAGCAUCACUACCAUAUCUCCUGCCUCAACACCUUGCUAGAGAAAUUGUGGGUGAGAGAGAGAGAGAGAGAUAAAAAUGGAAGCACAGCACACAAAGAAGUGGAUGGGACACUUUGUUAAAAAAAAAAAAAGUUGAUAGUUCUCAAAGGGACAACUGUUCCACCCUUUGAUUAAUUUCAGAUCAUAUCCAUAAAGCAAGUUGCAAAGGCAGGGGGUGAUGUACUUGCAAGGAGCUGCUCUUAAAAUCAUUCCAAAAAGUGCUUAUGUCUUCUGUACAUCCAUGUCAAGACUUCUGGUCCAUGCUGCAGGCCGCCACGUGGGUCACUUUGUGACUUUUAUGUAGCAAAAAUAAUAAAAUAAAUGCAGAGACAUGCAGGCCUUAGAUGUAUCCCAGAUCCAGAACGGCCCUGGGCUCCUGGAAACCCCAAAGAAUAUGAGCUUCAGUAGCCAGAACAGCUUUGCACAGAAAAGGAUUGAGACACUUUGCUCAGAUGAAAUGAGUGUAUUGGUGCUCCACACACACUUAAGGAGUUCAAAAAGCACUCUGGAGCACGUACAGAGCUCUGAGGCAGAGCCUCCAAAUUUAACCUGAAGCAGAUUAAUAAAGCAUCUAGUUUGCAAGAAACAUGUGACCGUCUCAUGAUCCUAUUGAAGAGGAAAAGUUAUGAUCCUUGCCUCUAAGAAAACAAAUCAGCUUUCUCCGCCCUCUGCCCCCAUCUCUCUUACACUCCCCCUUAACACCUGUAAAUAUACAAAGAGAAAAGAAACAUAUUUACUGAAAAGUUGUGUUUUAAUGCUGAAUAUUUUUCAAAGUUUCCUGCUGCAUAUUGACUCCAUUGCUCUCUGCCCCCUCAUGCUUGAAGUGUCAAAAAAAAAAAGAUUUUUUUAAAAAAGUAAGCCAAAUUAUAUUUUAACAUAUAAUGUCAAGCACUUUUUUAUUAUUAAAAAAGAAAUGAUUUCUGUGUGAGUUUUAGCCACUGGAUUAUUUUGCGUAGGUUUCAACAGCAUCUUAAUGUAUGUGUGUGUGUUGUCUCAUAACCCCCAAAAGUGUGUAAAAAAACAACAACCCAACAAAAGGUUCUGGUGUUUGACCCAUUUGUUUCUUGAUGAGAGAAUUCUAUCAAAUAAAGUGCUUCCAUCUGAGAGCAAACACAGGACUUGUUAACUGUGAUUUGGGGAAACAAAACACUUUCAAUGUUUAGCUCUAGGUCCUGAAAUGCCAUCGAGAUUAUCUCUAGCUUUUAGUUAAGCACAGCCCCCAUUUCAAACUCACAAGGAGGAAGUUCUUCUCAGCCAUCAAAGGGGAUGAUGAUACACCACACUCUGAAUACUGAAAGGUGAAGGCCAGACAAAAGGAAUUAAUACCUUCACACUGCAUUAUAGUUGAACUGAACUUCCCGAAAGAGACAGUGGUGGCCAAUUCAUGCAGGAGAUAAGGCUAGCCAUGGCGGCUCGGCUCUGCCUCCCUGAUCAAAGGCAGCCAUUCUUCUGAAUGCCAGUUGCUGGAAACCUCAGGAGGGGAGAGGACUCUUGUGCCUGGGUCCUGCUUGUAGGCUUUUCAUUGGGGCAUCUGGUUGACCACUGAGAACAGGCUACUCAGCUGCAGCCAGCCUAGCAAGGUUUGUAACUGGCAGCUUGCAGCCAGAGGCGUAGCAAGCCCAGGUGGUACCCGGUGCGGGUUGUUUUUUUGUCACCCCCCCCCAAACCGGCUCUGGUGAAAAAUGAAAAACAUGAACUGCAAAAAAAGUAGAGAUUACAGAACAAAACCAACUUCAGAUAUGAAAUCAGCAUUGAAAGAACAUAUAAGAUCAGAUGAAAAAUUUCAUGCAACAGGAAAAAAAAUGUUCCCCAGUGGGGGGGCGCCGAGUGUCACCCCCCCUCCAGGGUGGCACCCGGGGCGACCCGCCCCCAUCGCCCCCUGCUUGCUACGCCACUGCUUGCAGCAAAAUUCCAUGACAGGAAAUGAUGCCAACUGGGCAUGCAGAUAUAGGCAGUUAAAAGUGAAGGGAGAAAGGGAAGAGAGGCAAUAACAGAAACCACGUAUCUGAUGGCCCCCACUUAAACUCUUUCCCCUCCCUUUCCAGGUGAAUGCUUGCUUGCCCCAUCAGGCAGGAUGCAGUUCAGAAGUUUGUUUAAAUGCCGGUGAGGGGUUUGGCCUUGGGGGAGGGGGUCCCAAAGUCCAGGUGGCAAGGCCUUGGGUCGGGGUACGUUUGGUCAUUAGAGCCUGAUGUUCAGCACCUAUCCAGGCAGAGGAUAAAGCAAAACCAGAGUGUCCCUUCUGGGGCCAACCUCAGCAUUUGGGGGGAUGGGCACUGUGAUGGAGAAUAAACACAUGGACAAGCAAAGCAAUAUUUACACAGCUUCUGAAUGCAAGCGUUUUUUAUUGGCUCAACAGUCUUAGCACAAAAGAAAGGAAUUUGAGCACAAGAGUUUGACACUCCAUAACGUACUCGGUCUCUUUUAAGGCACCACCCACAGAGCACAAACAGAGGCUGCCCUCGAAAAGGGCAUUCCAUGGUAAGACCAGGAAUAAAAACCCCACAGCAAGUCAUCUUCCCACACGAUCCUCAGGUGCCUAGGAGGAUGCUCUUUUAGGCAUUUACAGAUCCAGGUCAACAGGGAAAGCAGCAACAAAAAGAUGGAGAAACUUCUGCAAGAGAGUUCUCUUUAAAAAAAAGAGAGAGGCGGAAGUGGUUGCUGUUUGCAGCAGAGGAUUUCGUGCUUCCAGAAGGCCACAUCUCACUAAAGAGAUCUUCAUGCUUCUCCCUCCGUUAUCAGCUCUUAUCCACCCCCAUGAACAAAACAAAACAAAACAAAAAAGCUUGGUUUGGCGGAACCCCAUUAAAGCCUGGGAGUGGCCAGAGAGGCAAAGGUGUGGGGAGGGGAGACUGCACUAGACCCAUUACCAACACACAACUAUGUUGAGGGUUCAUGUGGCUGGACAGAAACAGACACUCUGCAAAGCAACAUGGGACCGGA